UCAGGCUGUGACUCAGCAGUUCCCAAACAAGUUGAUGCUGAUUUCCUUGAGACAUUGCUGUGUGAGGACCAACUCCAGCCCAAUCCCUUUUGUCUGAGAUUAACUCAGAUAACUGCAGCAUUCAGGUAGGUAUCCUUCUCCCAAAGCACGCCAUCCUUAAGAAUUUGGUGACCCCAGAUUUCCCAGCUCUCCACGUGACAGCAAACUGAGAUGUUUCAUUUCACUUCAUUUUUGUUGAAAAAUGAGAUAUUUCACAGCCUGAACUGGCUUUGACACCUGAUAUCGCUGACACUGAAUUGCUGCAGUGUAGGAAAAAGGCAGCAUAAAAUACCUGAUGAGAUGGCCAAAAUUAACCUUAAUCACCCAAAGUAACGUAUUUGAGCCAUAAAGCUCUCUCUGUGCAGAGCAGGUAGCUCUGAUACCAGGAGCAGCAGCUCCAGCUACAUGCUGGCUGGAACGCUGAGGUAGCUGCUGCCCCACUGCUCAGUGCAAGAUUGAGACCUCAAGAUCGGGGAAAAUCCCAAACAACCCCUGGUUUGGGAUUUUCCCUGAUAAUCUCUGCUCCUACUGUGGGGCAAUGCAGACAAGCUGAGCUAUUUAAUUCCCUUUCAAAAUAAGGUGGGUUUGUUUGUUUGUUUUGUCUGUGCGUGUGGUAACUGUUGAGUCAGGGCCUGGACCACUGAUUGAGCACUUGGGAAAGGAUCUGGUCAGCCCGGGGAGCACAGGUGAAGGCAAUUCAGUGGUAUAAUAGGAAGAAGUGGAGGCUGCUUGUACCUUUUUUUGAUCUCAUUGAAGGGCUGAGUGCCACUUGGGGAGGAUCUGUGAUUGGAGAUUUCUCCUUGGUGGUCUUUUCUGUGAGCCAGGAUCUUUGGAGGACUCGAUGGCGAGCGCUGCGUGAGCGGGCUGAGCACGCCGCGGGACGGAGCGCGCGGGUCGCCCGGUGGGCGUCGCGGUGGCCGCGGGCUGCCGCCUGCUAUGGAAGGCGAUGGAGGAGAGCGGGAAUCCCAGCCCGAGAGCCACGUGGAGAGCAGGAGCGGCGUGAAGCCCGUGCCCGGGGGAGCGGCCCACGCCAAGCUAGAGAUAAAGAAACACGCCGUCACGGAUGACUACAAGCUGUCCAAGCGGGUGCUGGGGUUAGGAAUCAACGGCAAAGUACUGGAGUGCUUCCACAAGGAGACGGGGCAGAAGUGUGCUCUGAAGCUCCUGUAUGACAACCCAAAAGCUCGUCUGGAAGUAGAAUAUCACUGGCGGGCAUCAGGUUGUCCCCACAUUGUCCACAUCCUGGAUGUUUAUGAGAACAUACAUCAUGGAAAGAGAUGCCUCCUCAUUGUCAUGGAAUGCAUGGAGGGAGGAGAGCUGUUUAGCAGAAUCCAGGAGAGAGGAGACCAAGCUUUCACCGAGAGAGAGGCCUCUGAAAUAAUGAGAGACAUCGGCACAGCCAUCCAGUAUCUGCAUUCAAUGAACAUUGCCCAUAGAGAUGUCAAGCCUGAAAACUUGCUUUACACAUCAAAAGAAAAGGAUACUGUACUUAAACUCACAGACUUCGGCUUUGCCAAAGAAACCACUGUACAAAAUGCGCUGCAGACCCCCUGUUACACUCCUUAUUAUGUGGCCCCAGAAGUCCUUGGUCCUGAAAAGUAUGACAAAUCAUGUGACAUGUGGUCUCUGGGUGUCAUCACAUACAUUCUCCUGUGUGGGUUCCCUCCAUUCUACUCGAACACUGGACAAGCUAUUUCUCCUGGGAUGAAGAGAAGAAUUCGAAUGGGGCAGUAUGGGUUUCCCAAUCCAGAAUGGGAUGAAGUGUCAGAAGAAGCCAAACAACUGAUUCGCCACUUACUGAAGACAGACCCAACAGAGAGGAUGACAAUUUCCCAAUUUAUGAAUCACCCUUGGAUUAACAGAUCCAUGGCAGUGCCACCAACGCCCCUCCAUACCGCACGGGUCCUGCAAGAGGAUAAGGACCACUGGGAUGAAGUUAAAGAGGAGAUGACCAGUGCUUUGGCUACCAUGAGAGUGGACUACGAUCAGGUGAAAAUUAAAGACUUGAAAACAUCCAACAACCGCCUCCUGAACAAACGCCGCAAGAAGCAGAAGCAGCCCGGCACCUCUUCUGCAGCCCCAGGGUGCAAUAACCAAUGAGGAAGAAGCCAAAGACCUGUGGGUGGAGGGUAAAUGUGUUAAAAGGAAAAUCUAAAAUGAACGAGUACAAUCAGCUCAGUUGACUGAGUACAGUCACAGAGACUGCAAAGAAUCUGUCCUGCAAAGAGGAAGCAGGAGGAAGAUAACAUUUUUUAAUCUUGAAUCAGGGUUUUGCUUAUAAAGGCUACUUCAUAUGAUGUGAUUCUGUUUGCAUAUUGCUAGGGAAAAUGUAACAAUACCAGAAAUAUUAUGGGACUUUGUUUUGGCUUUAAUUGUGUUGGGUGAGUGGAGAGAACAGGAGACAGUCUCAGCAUGUUAGUGUGCCGAGGCUUUAAUAGCCAUCUAUAAGAGUAACUUUUGCUGCCAUUUUAAAACUUGGGAAUAGAAAAAAUGCCAAGUGUUCUGCCAAGUGUUGUAGGGGUUCAACUGUGAGUACUGAAAAAGAAGAAAAAUGCCAAUGCUUUUUGUAUGAGUAGCACAGGUGCAGUUCUACUUUGGAUGUAUGUGGACAGCAUUUCGUGCUAGAAUAGAUAAGAAUAGUCAGUGUUUCCAAACGUAUCUCCUAUAGUUCCAGAAUAUCAUCUGAGCAGUGAACAGUUAUUCCUGUUUUAGGAAAAAAAAAGCAUCCAUAUAUUUCCAUUUUCACAGUCUUCAUGUAGUCUUACGUAAUUAUUUGGGUUUGUUGUAGUUUCUCCUCUAAUUACGCGCUCGUUUUAUAAAUGUAACCAUUAUGCUGCAUCUAUACCACUGUCAGAUCCCUCUCUUGUGAUGUUUUUAAUUUAAACAGUACUUCAUGCCAAGAGUUUUAAUUAGGAUUUAAUUAGUCACAAGUGUGCUGCCGAGCAUGUUACGGUUCCUCAUGGAUCCGCAGUGUCCGCGGGGUGCAGCUGGACACACAGCUGUGUAUGGGAGAUGGGUCUGGAAGAGAGACCAAUGGAAUUCAGAAGGAAGUGGCACCUUCUGCAAGUGACCUCCAGCGUCUGCCAGCAUCCCUUCUGCAGGUCCCCUGCCUGACGUGCACUAUCCUUCCAGUUCUGACGUGCUGGGAUUACUUUGUUAUUGGGAGCAAAGAAGGAGAGUUUGCUGCUUUAUUUCUGAUGUUUUGACAGUGUUUCUGGAUCCAAAGAUUUCCAUCACCUGUGGGAAGCCACCUUUAAGGAUAUGCACCCAUUUUUUUUUUUUACUAUUCUAAUUCUUGUUUUAUCGUAUCCUAGCCUUGGUUUGCUAAUUUGUUUUACUUCGUGAUCAAAAUAUUUUCUCUUGCUAUAUGAUGUAGGGUUUUUUUAGUUGAGGUAAAGCAAAUGUUUGUAAAAUAUUAUCAGAGUCUAGAAUGAAAAUUAUACGCUUCCAGUGGUGCGGGCGAAAGCUGCUUUGUGGUUGGCACACACGGUGCUGUUGUGUUAACAGCCUGAGAAGGAGGCUGAAAGACAAGGAAAGCAGGGCUGGGGGGGUGAGGUUCAGAUCUGACCGCAGCACGGCUUUGUUGCGCCCGGCAGAGACCUGCAGGCUUCCGACCCUCCUGGAGAGCCCCGUUCCCAUCUUACAGCAUUGGACGAGGCCUCCGUCCUUCUGUGUUGAGCUAGGGUUUUAUAAACGGAUUUUAAUAAACCACGUUUCAACA